CAGGCUAUGACUAUGAGACCCAGGACGCAUUCUUCGUCGCAAAGUUUUAGCAGCACCUCGAGGAGAGCUUCCACUGCUUCAGAAUACUCCGGUUGGCGCGAUUCUAAUGGUCAAGAACAAAAGUCAUCAACGCGUACUGAGCCCAAACAGCCACAUUCACCAGAAAAUCUAAUACCGAACCAUGGACGUCAAUCUAGCAUUCCUCAUGAUGCACCUCCACUGGUGCUACCACAGUACGAUCAAACCUCCUCCUGCAAAGCCUGCAUUGGCGUUAAUAUAAUUCAUACAUGUACGCUGACUCCUAAAUUAAAAGGACCAGUUGUGCUAGGUCCAUCUAUAACUGUGGAUAACUGGGUGCCUCAAAGGCCUCCAAAAAAUCCGGCUUGAGAAGUAUUUAUCAAAUCGGUAAAACUAGCCCAGAACCGCCUUUACCAAGUCCCCCGACGGUGAUAGAAGAGAAAUUUGUAUAGAAGACGAACCUUUCCCGCCGCCUCCUCCGAAUGUGUUAGAUUGCUGGGACACGAACCAAGUUGUUAAUAAAAGUACGCCUAAGAGAAGUCCAACAGUGCAACCUUCAAGACGGAACAGUUUUGCAAAUGCCAGGGGCAGUCACUUCGAGCAUCGGUUA